AUGGCUGCUCGAAGAAACCGAAUUUCGAAUGAAGUMAGAGAGCGUCUUGUGWGGGCCUAUGAAGACCCCACUGAAGAUUAUCUAAUGGUUGCUGCUACAUUGGGAGUAAACCGUUCUACGGCCAGGGGUAUCAUAACACGGUACAUUCGUGAGGGCAGAGUAGAAGAGCUACCACGAGGUGGACGCAACAACGUAAAAGUAGACGACGAGAUGAAACAAUCCCUGAACGACAUAAUAGACGAUAAUUGCAUGCUGACCCURAAUGAAAUCAACAGAGAACUUAGAAGAAGACUUCCAAGAAAAACUCAAAUUCAUGACCGUACGGUAGGAAGGGCACUUGACGGUAUGCUUUUAAGUCUUAAAUUAGCCAGACCUUUGCCAGUUGAUAGAAAUCGCCCAGAUGUGAUUCGAAGUCGUUUUGAAUACGCCAAUUGGUUUCUCAACACAGGCGUGGAUGGACAUUGCGUAUUUAUAGAUGAAUGCGGCUACAAUAUUUGGACUGCCAGGAGCUAUGGCCGAGCAACAGUAGGCGAGAGGGCCUACAGACAGGUAUGCGGACAACGAGGGCCAAAUGUCACCAUUGUGCUUGCCAUAUCACCAAGAUCUGGUUUGGUGCACCAUUCCGCCCAAAUAGGAGGGAUGACCGCCCAGAGAUUCCAUGAUUUCUUAGCUCAAACCCACCAACGUCUUCCCCCUAACGACCAAGUUUUCUUCAUUUACGACAAUGCACCUGCCCAUCGUAAUGCCAAUAAUCCUGGUGCCAAUAGCGAGCUGAAGCCCCUGCCAGCUUACAGUCCAUUUCUCAAUAUAGUGGAGCAGGCCAUURCCUGCUUAAAGGAAGCUAUAAAGGCUCACUUGUCACGUCCCGACCAGCAACGUUUAAUGGGAGACAGAGGAGAAGCAAGAAGGCAAGGCAUUCCACUCGGAGAGCUAAGAAAAAGAUUGCUUCUUAGAGCAACUACAAGAAACAUGAAUGUUAUCACGCAACAAAAAUGCAUGCAGUGGUACAACCACAUGCAAACCUAUCUUCCCAGAUGUAUGAAUAGAGAAGCWAUUCAAGGAUAA